GGGAGAAAAGCUAAAUGUGAAUCCUCCCAAUUCCAGUGUACAAAUGGCCGCUGUAUUACUCUGUUGUGGAAAUGUGAUGGAGAUGAAGACUGUGUUGAUGGCAGUGACGAAAAGAACUGUGUAAAGAAGACAUGUGCUGAGUCUGACUUCGUGUGCAACAAUGGCCAAUGUGUUCCCAACCGAUGGCAGUGUGAUGGGGAUCCUGACUGUGAGGAUGGUUCUGAUGAAAGCCCAGAACAGUGCCAUAUGAGAACAUGCCGCAUAAAUGAAAUCAGCUGUGGUGCCCGUUCUACUCAGUGUAUCCCAGUGUCCUGGAGAUGUGAUGGUGAAAAUGAUUGUGACAGUGGAGAAGAUGAAGAAAACUGUGGCAACAUAACAUGCAGCCCUGAUGAAUUCACCUGCUCCAGUGGCCGCUGCAUCUCCAGAAACUUUGUAUGCAAUGGCCAGGAUGACUGUAAUGAUGGCAGUGACGAGUUUGACUGUGCCCCACCAACCUGUGGCACCCACGAGUUCCAAUGCAGCACCUCCUCCUGCAUCCCUAUCAGCUGGGUUUGUGAUGAUGAUGCCGACUGCUCUGACCAGUCCGACGAGUCCCUUGAGCAGUGUGGUCGCCAGCCAGUGAUACACGCCAGGUGCCCAGCCAGCGAGAUCCAGUGUGGCUCUGGCGAGUGUAUUCACAAGAAAUGGCGAUGUGACGGGGACCCUGACUGCAAGGACGGCAGCGAUGAGGUCAACUGUCCUUCUCGAACCUGCCGACCUGACCAAUUUGAAUGUGAGGAUGGGAGCUGCAUCCAUGGCAGUAGGCAGUGUAAUGGUAUCCGAGACUGUGUCGAUGGUUCUGAUGAAGUCAACUGCAAAAAUGUCAACCAAUGCCUGGGCCCUGGAAAAUUCAAGUGCAGAAGUGGGGAAUGCAUAGAUAUGAACAAAGUGUGUAACCAGGAGCAGGACUGCAGGGACUGGAGUGAUGAGCCCCUGAAAGAAUGUCAUGUAAAUGAAUGCUUGGUAAAUAAUGGUGGAUGUUCCCAUAUCUGCAAAGACCAAGUUAUAGGCUACGAAUGCGACUGUGCAGCUGGGUUUGAACUGAUAGAUAGGAAAACCUGUGGAGAUAUUGACGAAUGCCAAAAUCCGGGAAUCUGCAGUCAAAUUUGUAUCAACUUAAAAGGCGGUUACAAGUGUGAAUGUAGUCGUGGCUAUCAAAUGGAUCUUGCCACUGGCGUGUGCAAGGCAGUAGGCAAAGAGCCAAGUCUGAUCUUCACUAAUCGAAGAGAUAUCAGGAAGAUUGGCUUAGAGAGGAAAGAAUAUAUCCAACUAGUCGAGCAGCUAAGAAACACUGUGGCCCUUGAUGUUGACAUUGCUGCUCAGAAACUUUUCUGGGCUGAUCUAAGCCAAAAGGCCAUCUUCAGUGCCUCAAUUGAUGACAAGGUUGGUAGACAUGUUAAAAUGAUCGACAAUGUCUAUAAUCCUGCAGCCAUUGCUGUUGAUUGGGUGUACAAGACCAUCUACUGGACUGAUGCGGCUUCUAAGACUAUUUCAGUAGCUACCCUAGAUGGAACCAAGAGGAAGUUCCUGUUUAACUCUGACUUGCGAGAGCCUGCCUCCAUAGCUGUGGACCCAUUGUCUGGCUUUGUUUACUGGUCAGAUUGGGGUGAACCAGCUAAGAUAGAAAAAGCAGGAAUGAAUGGAUUUGAUAGACGUCCAUUGGUGACAGUGGAUAUCCAAUGGCCUAAUGGAAUUACACUUGAUCUUAUAAAAAGUCGACUCUAUUGGCUUGAUUCUAAGUUGCACAUGUUAUCCAGUGUGGACUUGAAUGGCCAAGAUCGUAGGAUAGUACUAAAGUCUCUGGAGUUCCUAGCUCAUCCUCUUGCACUAACAAUAUUUGAGGAUCGCGUCUACUGGAUAGAUGGGGAAAAUGAAGCAGUCUAUGGUGCCAACAAAUUCACUGGAUCAGAGCUGGCCACUCUAGUCAACAACCUUAAUGAUGCCCAAGACAUCAUUAUCUAUCAUGAACUUGUACAGCCAUCAGGUAAAAAUUGGUGUGAAGAAGACAUGGAGAAUGGAGGAUGUGAAUACCUAUGCCUGCCAGCACCGCAGAUUAAUGAUCACUCUCCAAAAUAUACCUGUUCCUGUCCCAAUGGAUAUAACCUGGAGGACAAUGGUCGAGAGUGCCAAAGGAUCAAUGUGACCACAGCAGUAACAGAGGUCAGUGUUCCUCCAAAAGGGUCUUCUGCUGCCUGGGCCAUUCUUCCUCUCUUACUCUUAGUGAUGGCAGCAGUAGGUGGUUACUUGAUGUGGCGGAAUUGGCAACAUAAGAACAUGAAAAGCAUGAACUUUGACAAUCCUGUGUAUUUGAAGACCACUGAAGAGGACCUCUCAAUAGACAUUGGUAGACACAGUGCUUCUGUUGGACACACAUACCCAGCAAUAUCAGUUGUAAGCACAGAUGAUGAUCUAGCUUGACUUCUGAAACAAGUCCUUGACCUUUGAGGUCUAAACCAAUAAUACGCCUGUCGGAAUGGUAACCGAGCCAGCAGCUGAAGUCUUUCUUCCUCCCAUCUGGAAGAACAUCAAGAUAUCUUUACGUGGAUCAAGCUUGUGUACUUGACCGUUUUUAUAUUACUUUUGUAAAUAUUCUUGUCCACAUUCUACUUCAGCUUUGGAUAUGGUUACCAAGUAUCUGUAACCCUUGAAUUUCUAGACAGUAUUGCCACCUCUGGCCAAAUAUGCACUUUCCCUAGAAAGCCAUAUUCCAGCAAUGAAACUUGUGCUAUAGUGUAUACCACCUGUACAUACAUUGUAUAGGCCAUCUGUAAAUAUCCCAGAGAACAAUCACUAUUCUUAAGCACUUUGAAAAUAUUUCUAUGUAAAUUAUUGUAAACUUUUUCAAUGGUUGGGACAAUGGCAAUAGGAUAAAACGGGUUACUAAGAUGAAAUUGCCAAAAAAAUUUGUAAACUAAUUUUGUACGUAUGAAUGAAAUCUUUGACCUCAAUGAAGGUUUGCAAAGACUGAGUGUUCAAAAUACUGUACAUUUUUUUUCCAAGUGCUAAAAAAUUAAACCAAGCAGCUUAACCAUGGUUUGUGCCUAUUCCUCUAGGAUGAACUCCUAUAGACAGCCCGAGUAGUAUCAUGUAUUCUAACAAAAUGUGUGAGCUAUAGCUUUUGAUAUAAUUGGGCUAGUUUCUUUUACACCCAAAUACUAACUGAAAAGUGAGGCACCAUUUAACAUUUGCUCCCCAAAUAUUUCUUAUUUUGUAAAAGAAGCUAGCUUAGUCUGAACCUAUAAUUCCUCUUGCUUAGAGGAAAGUUCUUUUCCUCAUUAACUUGUUUCCUAAUCUAGAAACAUGUGCUAAGAUUUCUAUGAAUUCUACUUCUUUAUACUUAAGUCUCUGUUUUCCAUGUUCUGUCAUUUUAUAUAGGUCAAGGACAAGUGCCUUCUAAGGCAUGGGAAAGGGCUUUCUUAGAAAAGUCUAGAUUGUCUUACCAUGAUGAUGACUAGAGAGGAUAACAAGCAGUGUCAUUCUUGAACCAUCUAAGGCAGGAUUCUCAGUGUUAUCUCAGGGACAGCAGCACCCGCAUCCCCUAGGAACUUGUUAGAAAUGCAAGUUCUCAAGCCCCAACCCAUAUCUACUGAAUCAGAAAUGCUGGGGGUGGGGCCAAAGAAUUGGUGUUGCCACAAGCCCUAGGGUAACACUGAUAUAAAUUAAAGUUUGAAAACUAUUGUUCCAACGUGACUUCAUAGAGUAUAUAAUUGUACUAUCUCCUAAAUUUUUAGCCUGCUGGGAUAGGACAGAUUCUUGCUGUGGAUAAUUUCUGGAACUUCUAAUAUGAAGAGCAGACAAGGAGUUUGAGUAGAAGGAAAAGUAGCACAAGGAGUUUAGUGAGUUUUCAAUCAGGUUGGCCAUUCUUUCUUUCUCUCAAAUGUCAAGACACCUGGAAGCAAAGGAAUAUACAAGACUUGAAGCACUGGGCUGAUGCUCUAUGUCCAAAGUGAGGUGGGGAGUUAACUGCAGAAGGUACAUUGAUUCCUCUGGGAUUAAACGACUGACAACCAAUGCAGUAGCAAGAGGAUGAAAAGAAGAUGUUUUGUGUAGCUAAAUGGAUCAGUGGAUGACUCAUAUUUCACUUGCAUAUGGAAUAUAAGACAGUUAACAUCUUGUGGCCUAGGCAUGGAAAUAAAUAAUCCUAGAUGAAGGG